CGGGCCAGACGCUAGUGGUCUCGCCACGGCCAUCGCCAGCAGUCGCGCCCACCCAUCGCCAGCGUCGGUCAUGUAACUCGGCAUGGGUUUCUCGAGCAAUCUGCAGGGCAAGAGCGCCCAUGAGGCGCUCCUCUCCCGCCAGGAGGCCGAACUCCGGCUCCUGGACGCCAUGAAGCGGUGCCUCUUGUCCAAAGUGCGGUGCGAUCGCGAGUACGCCGUGGCCUUGGGCUCGGUGGCCGCCCAGGGCCUCAAGCUGGACCGCGGCGACGAGCUGCAGGGCAGCCUGGUGGCCGCCUCCUGGAGGACCAUGAUGGAGGAGCUGGACAGCGCCGGCAAGCUGAUCCGGCAGAACGCCGACUGCGUCGAGAGCAAGCUGAUGGAGGCGCUGAAUGCCGUCUACGUGGAGAAGCGCAAGAUGAAGAAGGCCUACCAGGAGGAACAUGCGAGGAUUUUGCAGCAGUUUACGCACUUAUCGGACGAAGUGAACCGUAAAAAAUCCGAAUACCAGAAGUACCUCGAACUGUACAAAUUGAUGCGCUCGCGAUUCGAGGAACACUACGUCAAAUCCGGACGAGGCGGCCGAAAAUUAGACGACGUUAGAGAUAAAUACCAGAAAGCUUGCCGAAAACUACAUCUGACACACAACGAAUACGUCCUACUUUUGUGUGAAGCCGUGGAAUUUGAGAAAGAUUUCCGGACGGUUUUACUGCCCGGACUUUUGGAACACCAACAGUCCCUCCAGGAGGCUUUCAUCACAGCUUGGAAGCAAAUUUUACAAGACAUUGUAACGGCGUCCGACUGUACCUCCGAAAAGUUCCGGGAAAUACAAAAAAAAAUCGAGACCAGCCUUGAAACCAUCAAACCAAGCGAGGAAUACAAAGACUUCACCGAAAAACACAAAACCACACCCACUGAACCGGUCAAAUUCACAUUUGACGAGAGUCUGGUCGAAGACAGCGCCGGAAAAUUGCUCCCAAACCAACUAACCGUCGAUAAUUUAACCGUGGAAUGGCUGCGUAACAAACUAACCGAACUAGAAGCCAGUAUUAAGGAAAACCAGGAGAAACGCAACAACUUGACCGAAAACGGGAAACCCCCUGAAAAUACCGGCAGGUUGGCAAGCGUGGCCGAAACCUCCAAAAAAGAAUUAAACGAACUCAAAUGUCAGGAGAGGAAAAUGUUGAAACAAACCGAACUGAUCAAGAGUGCCUUGAACGAGUUAGGGUGUGAAGAAGUACCGUCUGGUUGUGAUUUAUCAAUUGACAAUCAGACGACUUUUAUAACAAAUUCCGCCGAACAAGUUGGCACAAUUGACACGAAACGGUCAUUCACGCAAUUUGUCGGUAUUUUUCGUAAGCCGUUUCGGCGAAAAUCGGCGCCCGCGUCGCCGGUGGCGCCCCCACGUACCAAGGGGAGGAGGGACUCCGCCCCCAGGAGUGAAGGGGGCGAUCCUGUUUCCAUGACGACGAAUAAGUCAUUGGUGGAUGAGGAGUGGUUUCAUGGCGUGCUUCCGCGGGAGGAAGUUGUGCGGUUGUUGACACAAGAUGGCGAUUUUCUUGUUAGGGAAACUACCCGAAAUGAUGAAUGUCAAACGGUGCUGUCGGUUUGCUGGGGAGGACAUAAGCACUUUAUUGUGCAAACUACAGCUGAGGGCCAUUAUCGUUUCGAAGGCCCUGCCUUCCCCAGCAUCCGUGACCUCAUCCUCUACCAAUACACGAGCGGCUUGCCGGUCACGGGACGUUCGGGGGCGCUCCUCUAUAAGCCAAUCCCGCGCGAGCGCUGGGAACUAAACAAUGAUGAUGUCGUCUUAUUGGACAAAAUCGGUCGCGGAAAUUUCGGAGACGUCUAUCGGGCGCAACUUAAGAACAGCAACGACGUCGUUGCUGUCAAAACCUGCAGAGUGACACUUCCAGAAGACCACAAGAAAAAGUUCCUUCAAGAGGGCCGAAUUCUCAAGCAGUACGACCAUCCAAACAUCGUUAAACUGAUUGGGAUUUGCGUACAAAAACAACCAAUCAUGAUCGUCAUGGAGCUGGUCCCCGGGGGUUCCCUGCUCACUUUCCUCCGGAAAAAAACCGCACUCACAGACGCACAAUUGAUGAAAAUGUGCUUGGACGCGGCAGCUGGAAUGCGUUAUCUCGAAUCGAAAAACUGCAUUCAUCGGGAUUUAGCCGCGAGGAAUUGCCUAGUCGGUUACAACAACGUGGUUAAAAUCUCCGACUUUGGAAUGUCACGCGAGGAGGAGGAAUAUAUCGUUUCCGACGGCAUGAAGCAAAUUCCCAUCAAAUGGACGGCCCCUGAAGCACUCAAUUUCGGCAAAUACACGUCGCUUUGCGACGUCUGGAGUUACGGUAUUCUCUGUUGGGAGAUUUUCUCACGUGGGGGAACCCCCUACAGUGGUUUGAGCAACUCAAAAGCGCGGGAAAAAAUCGACGCCGGUUAUCGAAUGCCGGCACCUGAUAACACACCCGACGAAAUGUACCGUUUAAUGCUGAGAUGUUGGGAAUAUAAGCCGGAAAAUAGGCCCAAUUUUGAGCAAAUUUAUACAGUUGUGGAAACACUAUGUGCCGCCUAUAGAGUGUCAUUCCUGUGAUCAGAGAUUGCCAAUAUCAAGUGUGCUAUAAUUACUGUGAUUGUGACGUUGAUAAACAUUUUAUAACUUGUAUUUUAUUGUAAAAAGUUUGACUGACUUUUGAAUAAACGUUUUAUUUAAA